AUGACCUACAUCGAACCUGAUGGCGAUGGAGAGGAGAACAUCGAUGAUCUCAUCGAGGAACUGGCGUCCCUGGAUGGCGAAUAUACCGCUCGCGCCCAUAUACGAAAAAGUAUCGAGUCGAAGCAUAGCUUUGUUGGGCAAGAUCCGGAGUUUGACACUGACAUUACGACUGGUCUUACUACACCUGACGCCCUAACCCGGCGCAAAAAAUAUGGCCCUAACCAGCUGAAGGAGGGGAAGGAGAACCUUUAUCUUAAGUUUUUGUCCUUCUUUGUCGGACCUGUUCAAUUCGUGAUGGAGGGCGCUGCAAUCCUUGCCCUUGGUCUGAGAGAUUGGGUAGAUUUUGGCGUGAUCUGUGCCCUUCUCCUUCUCAACGCAACUGUCGGUUUUGCCCAGGAAUACCAAGCGGGGUCGAUCGUGGAGGAGCUGAAAAAGUCGUUGGCCCUCAAGGCUGUCGUAGUCCGCGAUGGCAGAAUGGGCGAGAUUGAUGCAGUCAAAGUCGUACCGGGUGAUGUACUCAAGAUUGAUGAGGGUACGAUUGUGCCCGCUGACGGCCGCGUCAAAUCGAACUACUUAUUACAAGUUGACCAAUCCUCUGUCACCGGUGAAUCACUAGCCGUUAACAAAUGCAAGGAUGAGGUCUGUUACGCCUCAUCGGUGGUUAAACGCGGUGAAGCAUAUCUCGUCGUUACAGCUACUGGCGAUGACACCUUUAUGGGCCAAACAGCCGCGUUGGUCAAUUCUGCGUCAUCGAGUGCUGGUCAUUUUACGGAGGUUCUCAACCAUAUCGGGGCGACGCUACUCGUUUUGGUUGUACUUACCUUAAUUGUUGUUUGGGUGUCGUCUUUCUACCGUUCAAAUAAUAUUGUUACCAUCCUUGAAUUCACACUGGCCAUCACCAUUAUCGGAGUUCCAGUCGGCCUUCCCGCCGUUGUCACCACAACCAUGGCUGUUGGUGCUGCUUAUUUGGCUCGGAGGCAGGCGAUUGUACAGAGACUUUCCGCCAUAGAGUCUCUUGCAGGGGUAGAGAUACUAUGUUCCGACAAAACCGGAACGCUAACAAAGAACAAGCUCACGCUUUCAGACCCAUACACAGUGACUGGCGUGGACCCUAAUGACCUUAUGUUGACGGCGUGUUUAGCUGCUUCACGGAAGCUGAAGGGCAUGGAUGCCAUCGAUAGAGCUUUCAUCAAAGCACUCCCUAAUUAUCCACGUGCUAAAGAAGCUCUGACGCAAUACAAAAUUCGAGAGUUCCAUCCAUUUGACCCGGUCUCCAAAAAGGUCACUGCGGUAGUGUUAUCUCCGAGUGGUGAAGAGAUAAUCUGCGUCAAGGGAGCGCCUUUGUGGGUUCUGAAGACGGUUUCAGAGGAUCAGCAGAUCCCAGACAGCACCGAAAAGGAGUACACUAAUAAGAUGAACGAGUUUGCAGAACGUGGCUUUCGAUCCCUCGGAGUCGCCCGGAAACCUGUGAAUCGAAAAUGGGAAAUUCUUGGGAUAGUGCCAUGCUCCGACCCUCCUCGGGACGAUACUGCAACGACUAUAAAUGAGGCGAAAACGCUCGGCCUAUCGAUCAAAAUGCUUACUGGGGAUGCCGUUGGGAUUGCCCGCGAGACGUCGCGUGAGCUAGGGCUAGGGACCAAUGUUUACAACGCGGAGGGGCUUGGCCUUGGAGGUGGCGGUACCAUGCCUGGGUCUGAGGUUUACGACUUUGUCGAAGCCGCAGACGGUUUUGCAGAAGUGUGGCCGCAACAUAAAUAUAAUGUUGUAGACAUACUUCAGCAACGCGGAUACCUAGUGGCAAUGACUGGGGAUGGUGUCAAUGAUGCUCCUUCACUCAAGAAGGCCGAUACUGGGAUCGCGGUGGAAGGUGCCUCGGACGCUGCCCGGUCAGCAGCCGAUAUUGUUUUCCUUGCCCCUGGCUUAUCGGCAAUCAUUGACGCUCUAAAAACUUCCCGUCAGAUAUUCCAUCGUAUGCAUGCAUAUGUGAUCUAUCGAAUUGCACUAUCCCUGCAUCUCGAGAUAUUCUUUGGCCUCUGGAUUGCGACGAUGAAUGAAUGCUUGAACCUACAGCUGGUGGUCUUUAUUGCAAUCUUCGCCGACAUUGCAACUCUGGCAAUAGCUUAUGACAAUGCCCCUUACUCCCAGUCUCCUGUGAAAUGGAAUCUUCCAAAACUCUGGGGCCUUUCUGUCAUACUAGGAAUUAUUCUCGCCCUUGGAACAUGGAUCGCGCUUACAACCAUGAUGAAUGCGGGCGAGCAUGCAGGGAUCGUACAAAACUUUGGGAAACGCGACGAGGUCCUCUUCCUUGAAAUAUCCCUAACGGAGAAUUGGUUGAUCUUUAUUACGAGAGCUGAUGGCCCGUUUUGGUCGUCUUUGCCUUCGUGGCAGCUCGCAGCUGCCAUUUUUGUCGUCGAUUUAGUUGCAAGCUUCUUUUGCUACUAUGGCUGGUUUGUUGGCGGACAGACUUCGCCCAUCGCUAUUGUCCGUAUCUGGGUAUUUUCAUUCGGUGUAUUCUGCGUUAUGGGAGGCGUUUAUUUUCUGUUGCAGCGUUCGCAAACCUUUGACGAUAUCAUGCACGGCAGAAUUCCGAGAAGACAAAGGGCUUCUCAGCGCACCCUGGAUGACUUUGUUGAUCUGCAACGGGUCUCAGUACAGCACGAGAAAAGCUCGAGGAACCCUGAGGGCGGGGGCGGCUGGGACGAGAACAAUGGUCCACAGGCCUCAUGA